UUCUAGUGGCAGCCACAGUAGAGGCUUUUAAAAGGCUGACCCACGCCCACAAGUGGUGGCCCCAUGGGGAGCCGAGAGUCUUGGUCCCUAGUGCCCUCUUCCCAAAAAUGAAGUAACUCACCCAUUAGUAGAAAUCAGAAGGUCUGAUGAUCUGGCACUCCUGCCGCUGCUGGGGAGUCGGGAAGGCCUUGGUUGCUGUUAGACCCAGAGACUAAAAGUCUCUAAGCAUAGGGGUGGGGUGAGGGGAAGGGAAGGAAGAAAGCUUCCCUUCUGGCUAUCCCCCUAUAGGCCACCAAAAUGAAAGGUGAACAUGGUGGAUGGUGGAUGCAGGCAGGCUAAACAACCAUCUCAGUCAAAAUUUAGCAAUGGCGUAUUUCCCGGAUGAGACCAAUUCAACUGCCAUACACUCCCAGCCUUUGUAUGAACCCCCAGUAAUUCUGUCCAUGGUCAUUCUCAGCCUCACUUUCUUAUUGGGAUUGCCAGGCAACGGGCUGGUGCUGUGGGUGGCUGGCCUAAAGAUGAAGUGGACCGUGAACACUGUUUGGUUUCUCCAUCUCACACUGGCAGACUUUCUCUGCUGCCUCUCCUUACCCUUCUCCUUGGUUCACUUGGCUCUCAAAGGACACUGGCCUUAUGGUUGGCUCCUAUGCAAGGUCAUUCCUUCCAUCAUCAUCCUCAACAUGUUUGCCAGUGUCUUCCUACUGACUGCCAUUAGCCUGGACCGCUGCCUUUUGGUACUCAAGCCCAUCUGGUGCCAGAAUCACCGCAAUGUAAGGACAGCCUUCAUUAUCUGUGGAUGUAUCUGGGUGGUGGCUUUUGCAAUGUGUAUACCUGCGUUCAUGUACCGGGAAGUGUUCACCCUAGACAACCGUACUAUAUGUGGCAACAAUUUUGGUACCAGUGGCUCAUUAGAUUAUUCAUACUACAAUUAUGAUCAACCAGAAAAUGCAUCUCUUGACAACCCCAUUGUUCAGUUGCCUGGAGAAUUGGUUGACAGGUCAGAUGCUUUCUCUUCACAAAGAAAUGAUCAUCCUUGGACAAGUCCCACGCUCCUCCAUGCUGAAACAUUUCAAAGACCUCCUGGAGAUUCAGUUCCUGUGGAUUCAACUAGAUUAUCUGAUCAACAUCCAUAUUAUAAUUUAACUAAACCUGCUGAUGAGGCCUCCCCAACAAUCCCCAUUGGCCUGCCCAUUGAAGAUCACAGAAUUAACUCACCGCAUGACUCUGAUGCUUUCCUCUCUACCGAUUUAGAGCUUUUCUCUAGUACCUCUAGUAAUGCCCUAUACACAAUUGAGCCAUCACAAGAUUUCCAGGACUAUCCUGAAUAUUACAAUGAAGUUUCAACACCCCAGUGGAUAAUAACCAUCACUAGGUUAGUGAUUGGUUUCCUGCUGCCCUGUAUUGUCAUGGUGACCUGUUAUAGUCUCAUUAUCUUCCAAAUGUGGGGUCGCUCUAUGAAGGCUCAGAGCAAAACCUUCCAGGUGGCCAUAGUGGUGGUGGUUGUCUUCAUUGUCUGCUGGGCCCCAUACCAUAUUUUUGGAGUCCUCUUUUUGUUUAUUGGCUCAGAGACUCCCUUGAAGAAAGCUCUGCUAUCCUGGGACCAUGUGUCCAUUGCCCUAGCAUCUGCGAAUAGUUGCUUCAAUCCCUUCCUCUAUGCCCUUAUGGGGAAAAAUUUUAGGAAGAAAGCAAGGCAGUCUGUGCAGGGCAUUCUGGAGGCAGCUUUCAGUGAGGGGCACACACAUUCUACCAGUUAUACCCAAAGCAAAGGCUUUUAUGGAAGAAACAGCAGUACAGCUGUGUGAGAAUCUGGACCAUUUGACCCAAGCAUUUGACCCAAGCACAAGAGCUUCUUAGAUAUUCACCAAGUUUGACAUGUUUCUAAAAGAGCAAGGGACAUGGUGAACAGGGAUUUCGGAAAACACCAAAGACUCAGUCUUGAGGCCUUCAAAGUGUGGUCCCAGACUAGUGACAUCAGCAUCACCUGGGAACUCUCUGGUCCAUCCUAACUUGAAAACAAGUUCUCUUGUUUCUGAUGAAAGCUACGUCUGAGAGACAAUGCACAAAUUAAUCUACUUCUAUCGCAAACUAAGCCACCUGAGACAAAUGAGAAUCUAGUCUGUUGUAAAAUGUUUCUUUCCAUCCUUAAAUUUUUUAUUUAGUAUAUCGAAAUUCCCUUCCAGGUUCAUUAUAAAACCAAUUAUCCUAGCUCUAAGUGAAAGGUGAUCAUUUAUUCUAUGGUUUUAUUGUUAUACUGUUGGUGGUGGUGGGGAUGGUUUUAAAUAAAGAGAAAGUGCAGG